UCAAUUGCCGUUUGGGAACACUUGCUUUUGAUCGUUGCUACUAAAACAUUCACAUCGUAUUAUUUCUUCGCAAGAUACUGAAGAUACCUCUGGAAUAUGUUUCUCAAACUAUUGGUCGUUUUUUCAAUCUGCGUUUCAUACGCAGCAGCGGGGGUCGUCAAUACUGUUGACUGUAAGGAUACGACCGCUCAUAGCAAGGAUGUGCAAAUGGAAGUUUCCGGCUGCGACACUGACGCAGAAAGAUGUCCACUACUGCAGGGACACAACCACACCGUCGUUUUCAUUUUUGAGCCCACCCGUCCGUUCUUGAAUAAGACAGACUUCCGUGUUUACGGACUGUUCCCUAAAUUCAGCGUGCCAUACAAAGGCAAGGCCGACGCCUGCGAGCCCAGUCGAGCCGUGGUGGAUGGAACAACUUGCACAGAGCUCGGAGGUUUCGUCACGGGAAAGCAGUACCGUCAUGAAUCCAUCUUUUCCGUCGCCAAAACCUACCCCAAGAUCAAGCUCUCAGUUCGCUUCACGAUGACUGACAGACGGUCCAAAGAAAUGCUGCUUUGCAAGGAAAUCCCCGUUGAAAUCAAGAGUCCCCCUAGUCCUGAAGAAAACGAGGCAACAAAAUGAGCAGGUGAAAGAUGCGAAGAUGUAUUCCGUGGAAUACAGCACAACUAGUUAGCUGAAGAAGCAGAUUUUUAGAAGCCAAGAUCAUGACACAUCUUUUCGAAAAUGUAGCAAGCAUUGUGUGCUGUAAAAAAAAAGCACAAACCUGCGAUUCAAAUUGUGUUUAGAAAUAGACUGUAAUAUAUUAUCAAAAUUGUGUAUAAAGCUCAUCUGUAAAAAAAUAAAAGAGGCUUCCAACAUU